AUGUUGAUAGCGACCACACGUCGUCCCGAUCAUAUUGCCAUCGACAUUCGAAUCUUGUUCACGGAUGAAAUUCAUUUACAAAUACCCACACCUUAUGAACGUUUUCAUAUCCUUUCUGCUUGUGUUCCUCAUGCUGAAUUCAACGUCAGCGCACUGUCAGCAAGAGCGCAUGCUUUUGUCGCUGCCGAUCUUGCGCAAUGGUGUAAGCGCGCUGAGGAAAAUGCAGCCUUGCAAGGCCGAGAACGUGUCACCAUGGACGACUUCGGACAUGUAUUUGAUCAGAUCCGAAUUAGUGGGUUUCAAAACAUGGCAGAGAAACCAGAUCCAGUGUAUUGGACAGACAUUGGUGGUCUUGUGUCUGCUAAAAAUGCGCUUGAAGAAUCGGCUGUGUGGGUCUAUAAACAUGCUGAUGCUUAUAAACGGUUAGGUAUUCGACCUUCUAAAGGGUUGCUUUUGUAUGGUCCACCAGGAACAGGCAAAACACUCUUAGCAAAAGCAGUCGCUACAGAAUCGUCUGCUAAUUUUCUUCCCAUCAGUAUUCCUGAUUUGAUUAAAGGCGAAGUGGGUGAAUCAGAAAAGGCAGUAUCAAGAAUCUUUCAAACGGCUAUUCGGUGUAGUCCUUGUGUUAUUUUUUUAGAUGAAUUGGAAGCUGUCUUUUCAUCCAGAGAGACUUCAGGGGAUGUGGGUCGAAAGCUUAUCACACAAUUUCUUAUUGAAAUGGAUCAUUUAGAUAAAAUUGAUCAAAGUGUGAUAUUACUAGGUGCAACCAAUCAUCUAGAAUCAAUCGACCAUUCUAUUUUACGGCCAGGAAGAUUAGAUCGUCUUGUGUUUGUAGGACCACCUACGCAACACGAACGUACUCAAAUUCUUAACGUAUUGAAACGCAAGACAAAACUCGACCCAAGUGUUGACUUAGAAGCCAUUGCAGCACAAACAGAAGGUUACACAGGUGCAGAUCUUCAAGCUGUCAUUCGAAAAGCAGGUCUUUUAGCACUCAAAAAGAAUCAACAUGCCAUUGAUCAAGACAACAUUGAAUCAGCAUUAAAAUACGUUUAA